AUGGCUCGCCAGGCUCGUUCGUCUUGGGCUGAAGAUCUUCCUCUCGUCCUGCUUGGCAUCCGCUCGUCUUUCAAGGAAGACCUCGGCUGCACAACGGCGGAGUUGGUCUACGGUACAACGUUGCGUAUGCCUGGUGAAUUUGUCGCGUCAGCUAGUGUCGCUACGCCCGAUCCAGACAGUUACGCUCAACAGCUUCGCUUCCUAUUUUCUCGCCUGCGUCCUUGCCCUAGUCGGGAUGCAUCAUCGACUGAUGUUUUUGUCAGCAAGGACAUGGCUACAGCGAGCCACGUUUUCGUCCGGCGUGAAGGAAUUCGACCAUCCCUUACGCCUCCCUACGACGGCCCGUUCAAGGUGCUCAGGCGGACAGAAAAAACUGUUACCAUCGAGCUCAACGGGCGGGAAGAAGUCGUCGCUCUGGACAGAGUCAAACCCGCCUAG